CCCAACAAGCUUAUAAAAAUAAAGAGGAACAUAGAUGUUUGUCCUGAGUGUGGAAACUUGAAACAGAAACACGUCCUGUGUGGCUAUUGCUAUGCAAAGGUCCAAGCAGAAACCCGCCUGAUACAGAAGGAAAUGCAGAAGAAGGAAGGAGGCCCCUUCAGUGCUCCGACUGUAGAGACUGUUGUCCUUUACGAGGGAGAGGAGCCCACAGAGAAGGAUGAAGGCAAACGGAUCAUCGAAAGAGCCAGGAAGCGUCCGUCUUGGUUUGUUCAAAACUGA